AUGCGACUUGAUAAGAUAAGGAUGCUGUUCGGCCCCAUCGUGUGCACUGUGGGGAUUCUUCUAGACAUAGGAUCAUGUACUGCUGUACGACCAGAGUUGCGAAUCACGACGAUCAAGCAAGACCCAUACGCAAUGUCUAAAGGCUCACAGCUGGAGGGCUAUUGCAUGGACCUGCUGUCCGAACUCGCCAAGAAAAUGGGCUUCAAGUACAAAGUGCACCUGGUGAAAGACGGCUCAUACGGCAGACAGGAUGAAAACGGGAACUGGAAUGGAAUGAUCGGGGAGGUGGCAAGAGGGGAAGCAGACCUCGCGAUUGCUCCUCUGACUCUCACUGCGGCCCGGGAGAAGGCCGUGGGUAUGACCAAACCGUUCAUGCAGACAGGAAUCAGCAUUCUGUUGAGGAGGGACAUCUCGGAGGAGGCAGCCUUUUUUGAUUUCCUGACCCCCUUCUCGGCCUAUACGUGGAUGGGCAUCCUCAUUGCCUACCUGGGAACAGCUGUUUGCAUUUUCAUUGUUGCCAGACUCAGCCCAUGUGAGUGGAGCCAACCCCAGAAUGAGGAGAACAGUUUUGGCCUCCUGCACAGCUUCUGGUACACUGCUGGAGCUCUCACCCUCCAAGGUGCUGGUCCUCACCCUAAAGCCCUGUCAGGACGGGUCAUCUGCUGCACCUGGUGGUUAUUUUCUCUUGUGCUAUUGGCCUGCUACGUCUCCAACCUCAGCUCCUCCAAGAGCUCUGAAUCUGCCCAGCUUAUGGUGAAAGGGUUCGAGGAUCUUGCCAAUCAGGAUGUCAUGCAGUACGGCUGCUUGGCUGGCUCUUCCACCCUUGCCUUUUUCAAGCAUUCGAACAACCCAGCCUAUCGGAGAAUCUAUGAACACAUGGAGAGAACAAAGAGUUUCGUCUCAUCGAUGGAUGAGGGCGUUCGUCGUGCAAAGGAGGAAAACUACGCCUUCAUCGGAGAGUCCGUCUCUCUGGACUUGGCAGUAGCACGCCACUGUGAACUGGUCAGAGCUCAUGAGGUCAUUGGCAUGAGAGGGUACAGCAUCGCCACCGCUGUCGGUUCUCCCCUUAUAAAAAAUCUCAGUGUGGCAAUCCUGCAGCUGAGUGAGGCAGGAGAGCUGUCUUACCUACGGAGUAAGUGGUGGGCCAGCAGCUGCAUGGGAGAUACAGCCAAGGCCUCAGCUGUACAGGUCCACAGCCUGAAGGGGAUGUUCUUGGUGCUGGCCUUAGGUCUGGGACUGGGUGUACUGUUGGCUGUCCUGGAACUAACCUCCAAGAGCCGCAGCAGUGCCGGGGAGCAGAGGAAAACCUGCUGCGUCGUGCUCUCCGAGGAGCUGAGACAGCGCGUGAGAACCAGCAACGUCAACAGACGGCAGCAGAGCGCGGAGAAGGACCCGGAGAAAGCGUGA